AUGAGUCGUUACACUCAUUGCAGCACUGCCAAUUCGGGAAAAAUACUCAACCCGCUCUACUAUCAUCAUCAGGCGCCGGGGAGGCGCGUGAGUGGCGGAGAGAAAGGUGGAGCACCAGGUGGGAGUGGGACAGCCGGCUCCACCCAUCCACCACCGAUCCCCGGCGGAUCACAAGGACACUCGAAUCCUGUGAUCGGUGCUCGUCUCAGCUAUCCGCUUCACAUUGACGCCUCACCAUCGCACUCAUUUGGCCCACCCUCUUCCCCGCCAUCUUUACGCGAUUUACCAAAUCCCGAAGAGCUCAGCGCCGAGCGCCUCAAUCUCUACCUCGAUCGAAAUGAAGGCGAUUUGGACAAUAUCGAUGAGGAAAACGAGGAUCAAACAAAGAAAAGCCCGAAAGAAAGAUGGAAAAAGAGACUCCGAAUAAUGUUACCACACGUUGGUUUGGUUCUUCUCUCAGCUAUGUACACCCUACUCGGUGCGGCUGUCUUUCACAAUGUAGAAAUGCCUUACGAGAUGCAAUUGCGCAAUGAAACUUGUACACGGGUCACCACUUUCAAAAAAGAAACAAUAGAGCGGCUAUGGCGGCUACGACAAGAGCGCUUCACCGAAUUCGAGCGUACCGCCGAGGAUGCAAUGGAUCACAUUAUUCGCGAUGUUUUUCACGAUUACACAAAAGAAUUACAUGAUUCCCGA